GAUAAGUUCAUGUUUUUAUUCAAUGGGUGUGUUUUUUUCUUUUUUAAAUCCCUGUGACUUUGACCAGGUGAAUGUGGGAAGAGACCUUUGCAGAACUGAAAUGGAGGUCAGAGCUUCAUUACAGAAGGUUACUGGGUCAUUGGAUUCUGUGGCUACACUGAACAGUGAAGAAUUUGUUUUGGUUCCUCAGCAUGCAGAUGAUACUUCUACAAAAGAUGAAGAAAAACCUGAACUGAAGAUAGUUUCUAAUGGUGAUGAACAACUGGAAAAAGCCAUGGAAGAGAUUUUAAGAGAUUCUGAGAAAGGGCAGAACAGUCUUCUUGUGGAUCGUCAGAGUUUCAGUGAGAUUUCAGACCAUUCACUUGGAAAUGUUUCAGCCAGCCAAACAAAUAAGCCAUCUCUUCAGUUAAUUUUGGAUCCAUCAAAUACAGAAAUUUCUACACCUAGACCAUCUUCUCCAAGUGGAUUACCUGAAGAAGAUAGUGUUUUAUUUAACAAACUGACCUACUUAGGAUGUAUGAAGGUUUCUUCCCCACGAAAUGAAGUGGAGGCUUUACGGGCAAUGGCAACUAUGAAAUCUUCCAGUCAGUACCCCUUUUCUGUUACUUUGUAUGUGCCAAAUGUUCCAGAAGGUUCUGUGAGAAUCAUAGACCAGUCCAGCAAUGUGGAGAUAGCAUCUUUUCCAAUCUAUAAGGUGCUGUUCUGUGCACGUGGACAUGAUGGGACAACAGAGAGCAAUUGCUUUGCAUUUACAGAGAGUUCCCAUGGUUCAGAAGAAUUUCAGAUACAUGUCUUCACCUGUGAAAUUAAAGAGGCAGUAAGCAGAAUUUUAUAUAGUUUCAGUACAGCAUUCAAACGUUCUUCCAGACAAGUGUCUGAUGUUAAAGACUCAGUUAUUCCUACCCCCGACAGUGAUGUGUUUACCUUCAGUGUCUCCUUGGAGGUAAAAGAAGAUGAUGGAAAAGGAAACUUUAGUCCUGUGCCUAAGGACAGAGAUAAAUUUUAUUUCAAAUUAAAACAAGGAAUAGAGAAGAAGGUUGUGAUUACAGUGCAGCAACUUUCUAACAAAGAAUUAGCUAUUGAAAGAUGUUUUGGAAUGUUAUUAAGCCCAGGUCGAAACGUGAAGAACAGUGACAUGCAUUUACUGGAUAUGGAAUCCAUGGGAAAGAGCUAUGAUGGGAGGGCUUAUGUUAUUACCGGCAUGUGGAACCCCAAUGCACCCAUAUUUCUAGCACUUAAUGAAGAAACUCCAAAAGAUAAACGAGUGUACAUGACUGUGGCAGUGGAUAUGGUAGUCACGGAGGUGGUGGAGCCCGUCCGCUUUCUCCUGGAGACAGUGGUGCGUGUGUACCCUGCAAAUGAGCGAUUCUGGUAUUUCAGCAGAAAGACUUUCACGGAGACUUUCUUCAUGAGGUUGAAACAGUCUGAGGGAAAAGGCCACACCAAUGCUGGAGAUGCAAUCUAUGAGGUGGUGAGUCUACAACGAGAGUCUGAGAAGGAGGAACCCAUCACUCCUACUAGUGGAGGGGGCCCUGUGUCACCACAGGAAGAUGAAGCAGAAGAGGAGAGUGAUAAUGAACUCUCUAGUGGAACAGGUGAUGUGUCUAAGGAUUGUCCUGAGAAGAUCCUGUAUUCUUGGGGAGAAUUGCUGGGAAGAUGGCACAAUAACCUCAGUGCACGACCGAAAGGGCUGCCCACACUGGUGAAGAGCGGUGUCCCUGAAGCUCUGAGGGCAGAGGUGUGGCAGUUGUUAGCAGGCUGCCAUGACAACCAGGCAAUGCUGGAUAGAUACCGACUUCUCAUCACAAAGGACUCUGCCCAGGAGAGUGUUAUCACUCGAGACAUUCACCGUACAUUCCCUGCACAUGAUUACUUUAAGGACACUGGAGGAGACGGCCAGGAAUCUCUCUACAAGAUCUGCAAGGCCUACUCUGUCUACGACGAAGACAUUGGGUACUGCCAAGGACAGUCUUUUCUUGCUGCUGUAUUGCUUCUGCAUAUGCCAGAGGAACAAGCAUUCUGUGUUUUGGUGAAAAUCAUGUAUGACUAUGGUUUACGAGACCUCUACAAAAACAACUUUGAAGAUCUUCAUUGCAAAUUUUAUCAGUUGGAGAGACUAAUGCAGGAGCAGUUACCGGACCUGCACAGCCAUUUUUGUGACCUGAACCUGGAGGCCCACAUGUACGCUUCCCAGUGGUUCCUCACCCUGUUCACCGCCAAGUUCCCGCUCUGCAUGGUCUUCCACAUCAUUGACUUACUGCUCUGUGAGGGGUUGAACAUAAUCUUUCAUGUAGCCUUGGCUCUUCUAAAGACCUCAAAGGAAGACCUUCUGCAGGCUGAUUUUGAAGGGGCUUUAAAGUUCUUCAGAGUUCAGCUUCCAAAGAGAUACAGGGCAGAGGAAAAUGCAAGAAGAUUGAUGGAGCAGGCUUGCAAUAUUAAGGUGCCGACCAAGAAGCUGAAGAAAUAUGAGAAGGAAUAUCAGACAAUGCGUGAGAGUCAGCUGCAGCAGGAGGACCCCAUGGACAGAUACAAGAGGGAGAACCGGAGAUUACAGGAGGCCAGCAUGAGGUUGGAACAAGAGAAUGAUGACCUUGCCCAUGAACUAGUAACCAGCAAGAUUGCUCUGCGGAAUGACUUGGAUCAGGCGGAGGACAAGGCGGACGUGCUGAACAAGGAGCUCCUGCUGACCAAGCAGAGGCUGGUGGAGACGGAGGAGGAGAAGCGGAAGCAGCAGGAGGAGACGGCGCAGCUAAAGGAAGUCUUCAGGAAACAGCUAGAGAAGGCAGAAUAUGAAAUAAAGAAGACUACAGCUAUCAUUGCCGAGUAUAAACAGAUCUGUUCCCAGUUGAGCACGAGACUGGAGAAGCAGCAGGCAGCCAGCAGGGAGGAGCUGGAGGUGGUGAAGGGUAAAAUGAUGGCAUGUAAACACUGCAGUGACAUUUUCAGCAAGGAGGGCGCUUUGAAGCCAGCGGCUGUAAGCAGAGAGGACCAGGGAAUUGAGUCAGACGAUGAGAAGGACUCACUUAAGAAGCAGCUGAGGGAGAUGGAGCUGGAACUGGCGCAAACCAAACUGCAGCUGGUGGAGGCCAAGUGUAAAAUCCAGGAACUUGAACAUCAGAGAGGGGCCCUUAUGAAUGAAAUCCAAGCUGCAAAAAACUCUUGGUUUAGCAAAACCCUGAACUCUAUCAAAACGGCCACGGGCACCCAGCCCCUGCAGCCGCCACAGAGCACCCAGCCACCCAAGGAGAGCACAUAGUUCCCGCCUCACCCCAGCACAAGAGCACAACGAUCAAAGCAAUGGAGAUGCCGAGGACUCUUCCAGGUGUCCCUUUGAAGAAGGAAAGUAAAGGAGGCCAGAAAGCAAGCCCGCUCUUUCAGUGGCUCUCACUCUUUCUUGUAUGCCACUUUCAAAGGGAUGCUGUUUAAACUGACCUGAUUUAUGUUGAAUACCUAUUUUUGAGCUUCUUUCUUGGAAGGCCAUGUUCAGAUUCAUCCUAGUAUUAUGCAUUAUGUUACAUGCCUGCUCUUUAGCUGGAAAUCAGUAAUUCCAAACUAAAUGCUUUUUAUUGAGAACUAACUGUUCAUAAUUGUUUUUAUCUUACAUAAAAAUGGAGAUGUCUUUUAUUCGAAGGUUGAAGUGAUAGAGAGAUAUUUGCCAUACAAAAAGAAAUUAAAACCAAAACUCUUAAAUUUUCAGGAUUUAUUCAGAUAAAGCACACUAUGGGGCUGGUCGGGACCACUGUCGGGUUUUCUCCUGAGAGUGAUGACCUCUAGAGGGAAGAGCAGACCUGGGAUUGAACAGUCCCAAAAGAAAGUUAGUUUAUUUCAUUUUCUGUUGGGUGCACCUAGAGACAAAAUGCCAAGAACCAUAGGAUAAGACAGGCUGUUGGGAAGAUACAGGAGAGAAAAGGAACUGAGGUUUUGAUAAACGCAGGAAGAAAUAAAUCACUUUGGCCCUGGUAUUCUAACAGGCCCGUUUAAGAACUCCACACGGGAACUGCAAGUUCCUGAGUAUGAACACAGUUGUGAGUGCUGGCGAACGUCAAGUCGAAGUGGAUAUUGCGAGUCAGAGCCUUAGGAAACCUUCACCAGAGAAGCCUAGAAAGACCCAGGUUCAGCCAUUGUGUUUAGAACUAGGGACAGAGUAUGUCAUUUAAUGUUGACAUAUACUUGCUAAGGAAACACUAAUAUACUGUAACUUUGUUAAAGUUAUGAAAUGGGAAAUCGAGGUCAGCUUCACGUCAUCUUAGUUUAAUGUUAGGCAGCUUUUCCUGAUUUCUGUAGUGCCCCAAAAAUGUGCCCUCGUUACUCCUAGGUGAGGAUGCAAAUGCGUUGGGAACAUUUUUGAUUGAAUAUGAAACCUUUAUAGAAAUACUUAUCUCAUGGAAAGGUAAAGAAAGCUAUUGUUUAAAAGUUGAUGGAAAUAUUUUUUUCUAUUAUAUUUAACAUGUAUAUAUCAAUAGUCCUUGCAGGAAAUCCUUUGGUAGGGGCAAAACAAAUUUUACCAUUUUUCUAAGCUAUUUUGGCGGCCUUUCUCUUUUUCCACCAACUCAACUACUGUCAGUUAUAUACAAUAAACAUUUACUGACACUCAGCCUUGGCUUCCUUGUUGAACAUAUUCUUUGCAAAAGGAUCUUAAACUCUGUAUUGCCAGAGUGAUUCUCAUAUGUGCCAUAUGAUACAAUUAAAACUAACAUACUCCUGGAGGUAAAAAUCAAAUAAGAGCCAUCUUGACCAGGAGCACACACUACAAGUUGCUUCCCCCUAAAAUGACCAUUAAACUCUAAAAAGUGAAGUUCAUCAGUAAGUGUUUAUAUCCUUUACAGCCCAUACAACUGACAGGGUUGUUUGUUACACUCAUCAAAUAAUACUUUCUUAUAGAAUUUUUUUGGGGUCCUGACAUCUUUCAUCAUUUCCUUUUACCAAAAAUGAAAAUAAACCAGCAUUCCAGUGUCUAUGUUGACUUUAACAUUCCCUACAUGAUGGUUUAGAAAACCUAAUUUUAUUUUUAUUUGUAAAAUAUAAUGGCUAGAGAAUUGCAUCUUGGUACUUGAUUCUGUAAAUCAUUUAGUAUAAUCUGUUAGCUUUGCUGAUACUUUAUGCUUUGAUUCCAAGGAGCCUUGUACAAGUUGCCUUAUCAAAUGGCCAGCUAAAUUAAAGAUGUUCUUUUGUGUUUUAUGAAUCUUAUAGUUCUACUGUACUAUAGUUCUCUUUUUAACUUCCAAAAAUUGGCACAUUCCACAGAAUGCCUAAAUUGUAUAAUAUUCCUUAAAUAAGAGUUGAGAGAGAAAUAGAACGGCUCUAGGUCCAGUCCUUACCUGUAAACCUGGCUCAAUUUCAUUUUUUUCUUUAAACAAAAUACCAGGUUUAUACAUUCCAAACAUGUAAUAAAUAAAUCUUUUGCAUUUCCUUUUAACUCUUUUAAAAGAUUAUAAGGGUAACCUAUAGAUCUUUUCUUUUCCAGUUCCGUAUCAUACUUGAGUAUGUUUUGGUACUACAGGUCUAAACUAUUUUUCACUGCAAUGCCUUUGGGUCAGUAGCAAUAGUAAAGAGAAAGAAAAACAAUUCAAAAUAUGGUAUAUGAUACGAUUAUUCAUACAAUAUGUUAAAACAGCAUUAUCCCAAACCGCCUGUCCUUCACCAUGUAUUGUUUAAAACUCAUGCAUCCGAGCAUUAACUGCUAGUUUUAAUUUCAUUUAUUUUGAAAUAUAUUGAGAAUUGCUACUCCUCUCUUGAUUCCUUUGGAAAGAGAUGAACCAGCCCAAAUAUCCAGGAAAUUUUCAGAUAUUAUGGAAUAUUUUUCAUCUUUUCCUAGAACACACUGUCUAAAACACUCCUCUAGAAAUCCCAACAUUUGCAACAUUCUGAAAAGCGAAUAUUUGUUUUUAUUAAAUUCUGCAAAAUAAAUUUUCAACUUGAUUACUCAGUUCAUUAGCUUUUAUAUCUUGAAAAUCAAAUACCAUGUUCUUUAAAGUUGAAAGAAACCGAGCUGAAUUUUGCAGUGCAUGUUUGCUAGCUUCCCACAUCCUGAGCCAUGACACAAUUUGGUUAUAUUUAGUUAUCUAUAAUUUGAUGCAGAGAAACAAACUGUUCCCUAAUGUUCUGUAUAUGAGCGCCUAUCAGAAGCACUAAUAGGAAGGCUAUACAGGCCUAUGGGCUAUAUUAACAUACAAUCAAUGCCUGCAUUCCCCUCUCCUGGCUAUUAAGUUGGCAGUUUCUGCUUCAUUUGCUGUCUUUAACUUCCAUAGGAAAGUAGAAAAGCAAUCUUUAUACUGAUGUUGGGAUAUUUCAUUGUAUUUAUUUUGUUUCAUUUCUUCAAAAUUUUCAUUCUUUUAUACUAUGUAUUAUUUAUUUUUCUCGCACUCUUACUCCAUUUUCUUAAACUACUUUCCAGUUAAUAACUAGUGGCUUCAUUUCCUAGCUAGUGAGAAAAACAAGAGAACACACAGUUUAGGGUGAAAGAGGUGAGGGAUCCUUAAAAGGGUUGAUUAGUUACUUCGGAAGGGACAAAGGAACCUUUAAAAAGUUAAAUACUUUAUUUUCUCUUUUAAAAAGAACACUUUUAAUUAGUAAGAUGAUUCUAUUGUUUAACUUUUAAAAACAACACUUUAAAAAGCUCCGAUUCUCUUGCUUCAGUUGCAAAUAAAUGAGAAUGGACAGACUGCUGUUUGAACAGUUAGAUUUGUGUGUGUAGAAUUUUAUAGUGUCCCUGCCUCUUGUGUACCCACAUACCAUGCACCUGAACACACACCUGGCGAUCAAAUACAGAAGGGCAGGUAACGGCUCAGUGGCCUGUUUCCUACCAGGACACUGCCAGGUAGGUAUAAAGCUCUUGCCCUUGAGUUGCCAUGCUCAUGGUCACACUGAACUAGAACUGCUCCAAAACAUCCUUUCUCUCUCAUAGUGGCUUCAGUACAAUAACUUCAAAGCCCUUUACCUUAGGAAUUUCCUUGUCUUCCAAAAGCUGCCAAAAUGAAUACUUCAGUGGGGGCUACACCUAAAUAGGAGAUGAUCUUGAGUGGUAAUGAGAAAGUGGAUGUUUAUGAGUAGCAUGGUGACUACAGUCAGCAGUCAAGAGUUCCCUUUUCAGCUUCCAUCUAAAAGACUACAUGUCCAGCUUAUCUCCAAAUGAAUUUGUUACCUGCUAUACAAACAUCUUCAUCAACAUGUCCCAUUCUCACCACCACCACCCCAGGUUUAUCAUCAGUGGUAUUCUGAAAAAUUUAAGAAUAAAGAAUCACUGAGUAGAAAAUCAACGUUUUAAGUUCCUUUAGUUUUCAUUGGCAGUAAGUUAACAUGUAAAAUCAUUUCCACUGAAAUGUAACAUAACUAUAUAUUAUUUAUAGAAUAAAAUAUAGGAAACUGAAUUAUAAGGAUAUAAAUGCAUCAAGACUCUGGUGUCAUGAAAGCACAAUAAAGCUGGAGAUGGCCCCAGAGUCCAAGAUGUCCCAAUAGCCUUUUACAUCAGUUUCUCUAUUUUUGGUAUUUUGCAUAAUAUAUGGAUCCUUAAUUCAAAUGAGAGGAAAAAGUUUCUGAGUCAGCCCCACUUUCUUUCAACUCCUACCUUUCCCUUGCUGAGGAGGUAGCAGAAAUUCUCUACCAUCUAUUUUCAUGAAUUGUGUAAUUUUUGUCUAUGGUUUCUCUAAUGAAAACGGGUUCUGGGAUAAAGGAGUUGAUUAGCCCCAAUGACGCUAGUUGACUACAAAAGAAACAGUGAGCAGCCUCUCUCCUCUAUAUACACUGACCAAUUAGAUGUUUCCAUAAUUCCACGUAUUAUGCAUAGUACACUCUAUAAAUGUAAAUGUAAUGCUUGUUAAGGAAAGUGCAAUUUAUUGUACAUUGUCCCAACAAAUGUUUACUUUUAUAAUCGUUACGAACUUGAACUGGAUUAGUAUAUUGUUUUCAUGUGUGACUGGAACCUUGUGAAAUAAACAAGUGCAACCCAGAAGGUAACAGGUGACUGUUUUUGUGAGCCAGUGAUGUUUUCAAUGCUUUGUGUUGCCCCUUUGGCCCCAUUAAGCAGUAAUAAACAUUUGUUCUCAAGUCCA